UCUCUCUCUUCUUUCUCUCUCUACUUUCUCCUUUUAAUAAGCAGAGCGCCUCCUUGCCACAAGCCUUUCGCUUUUCGCGACGAAGGCUGCCUCCAUCCCCUUUCUCUCUCUAUAAACCCCCCCUUGCUCUCUCAAAACCCGCCUUUCUUCUCUGUAAAAUUUCACUGUAAAUACUUUCUUCUUGUCUCUCUCUCUAGUUUUUGGUGUUCUGGGUAUUUUCCGGGAGGAUCUGGAUCCGAUUUUCGGUGUUUCCGGUCAGUGAUGAUCGGUUAGAGAGAGAAAAGUACACAAUAAUGUGUUUGGAUUCGGAGGAUAAGGGCUCCCGGAAUCAGGUACUCCCACAGCAAUGGCGGAUAAUACCCUUCCUUAAAACCCUUUUUUUCAUUGUAUACUGAGUUUUGUUGCUGCAGUCUCUGAAACUACGGGGAUGAUUUUGCACAUAGAUCUUAGUUUCUCUCUCUUCCUCUCUCGUCGUCCUCCAUUUCCUCUGUAAUAUAUAUGAAUCUGGUGUACAGGAUAUCUUUCUCUCUCUAGAACUUUUCUGCUUUAUCUCUCUAGAACUGUUCUUCUGCGGAGAAAACCCUUUGUGGGUUUUGGGUUUUCCUUUGUUUUCUUCACAGAUUUGUUCUAUAUAAUAUGUACCGUAUAUAUAUCUAAGAACUAACCAACUUGAUCCUCAAUCCAUUAGUCUUUAAAUCUAGAGAAUAGCUGGAUUUGUUCAUUUCAUGAUAAAAAGAAGGAAGAAGUAGCAUUUUCUGUGUUUUCAUUUUAACAAAUUUGCAGAGAAUUGGGUGCUCCAAAAACCUGUUAUUAUAAAAUAAAAAAUAAAAAAAUUCACCCAUUCUCUCUCUACUGGAAAUUGGGCACUCCAAAAACCCAUUUUUGUUAAAUAAUAAUAAUAAUAAUAAUAAACGGGUUUCCAUUCUUACUCUGCUAAAAAUUGGAGCUCCAGACCUGUUCUUAUUAAAAUCAGCGACCCUUUCUCUCUCCACCAAAAGCUGGGGCUCCAAAAACCUGUUCUUGUGGGAAAAGAAAGGAAAAAAAGACAUCCUUUGUUUCUCUAAAUUGGGUGCUACAAAAUAGAAAACUGUAUUCUCCCCUGUGUUCCUGUGAAAUUACGGCUUUCGUGGGGUUGCUCUUCCUGGUCAGUUUGUACAUUGUCCGGUGUGUUUUUGGCUGAAAUUCCCAAGGGCUUUCAAGGUGGCUAAGAUGAGCCUUCGCACUGCCGAAGAGGAAUCGGCAACUGAGAUCCACCUCCCUGCUGAUGUCGACUGGCAAAUGCUCGACAAAUCCAGAUUCUUCUUCCUCGGUGCUGCCCUCUUCUCUGGCGUAUCUGCUGCCCUCUACCCCAUUGUUGUCCUAAAGACCCGCCAGCAGGUUUCCCAAACUCAAAUUCCCUCAUUAAAACUCGGCCUCUCCAUCGUUCGCCACGAGGGCUUCCGAGGCCUAUACAGAGGCUUUGGAACUUCAUUGAUGGGCACAAUCCCCGCAAGGGCUUUGUAUAUGACCGCCCUAGAGGUGACUAAGACCAGCGUUGGAACUGCUACGGUGAGAUUAGGGUUUCCUGACCCGGCAGCAGCUGCAGCCGCCAGUGCAGUUGCCGGGCUGAGUGCAGCAGUCGCAGCGCAGCUUGUUUGGACUCCUGUCGACGUUGUGAGCCAACGUCUUAUGGUUCAGGGAGGCAAUGCAGCUGGGCCUUGUGCCUUGAGUACAAAGUAUAGCGGUGGUGUGGAUGCGAUAAGAACCAUAAUCAGAAGUGAUGGGCUUCGGGGCUUAUACCGAGGAUUUGGGGUCUCAAUUUUGACAUAUGCUCCGUCGAAUGCGAUAUGGUGGGCUUCGUAUUCUGUCGUGCAACGGAUGGUGUGGGGCGGUAUAGGUUUCUGUCACUCAUGGCACCGAAACAAUGGAGAGGAGGGCAAAUGCAGCGGAGGGGAUGGGUAUUGUGUGAGACCAGGCCCAAAGGCCGUGGCAGCAGUGCAGGGUCUGAGCGCGGCAAUGGCUGGGGGUGUUUCAGCGCUGGUGACGAUGCCACUAGACACAAUAAAGACGAGAUUGCAGGUGUUGGAUGGGGAGGAGAAUGGGAGGAGGCCCGGGGUUUUGCAGACUCUUCGGGGAUUACUGAGAGAAGGGGGCUUCACAGCAUGUUACAGGGGGUUAGGGCCAAGGUCGGCAUCGAUGUCGAUGUCGGCGACGACCAUGAUCACGACUUAUGAGAUUUUGAAGAGACUUUCGGCCAAGCCCCAGGAGAGCUUGGGGUGAGAGAGAGAGGGUUGGGGGGUUGGGGGGUUGGGGCUUUUGUUCCCUCUGUCUGUGUAUUUCAGGGUUUUGUACAAGUUUAUAUAAUGUAAGAAAGAGGGCUUGCUUCUCUAUAUACUGGAUAACUGGAAGUGAGCUUUUUGUUU